AUGACACACGAACCGAUCGAGGGAUCCCACCGAGGCCUGAUGAACCGGUGUGGUGAUGCGCUCAAGGACGUAGGGCCCUCGCGCACUCAUAGGAGGCUGGUCCUACUGAUGGUCGCAAUAGCACUCUUUUUGGACAACAUGCUUCUCACAACAGUGGUGCCCAUCGUUCCGAGCUUUUUGAUGACUGUGAAGGCCAAGUCAGUAGUGCAAUCAAUCCUGGAACGAAGCGAAUACAACUGCACCUCGAAGAACAACCUCGUGAACACCCUGAUGGAGGCCAUAAUGCACCUAGCUCCCGUCUCCUGGGCCUCAAGGGCGCAUGUAGCCCUAUCAGAAAUCGAUUUUCUCGACCCCGACGUGGCCUCUCGGCGGGAACGACACGAAGUUAGACGCCUGCUGCGGCAAGUUGACAAGCUGGCUCAGGACUGUAACCUCAAUACUACAGCCAUGGCAAUAGAGAUGCGGGAAUCUCACAUGGGCCGGGAGAACUUCCUAGUGGGAAUGUUGUUCGCUUCAAAGUCCAUUGUGCAAUUGAUCGUCAAUCCCCUGGUCGGACCGCUGACCAACAAGUGA